CUGUCAAGAUGAAACUGCAUAUAGGGAUACUACUCAUAGUAGGUUCAAGUGUUGCGACGCAUUUAAUAUCUUCAGACGAUCUUCAAAAAGUAUUCGUGAGGUAUGCCAAAAAUGAAGCAUCUGAAUAUGAUAAGAAAACCAUCCAAGAUGCGUUAAACAUUUACUGGCCAGCAUCAAGCGAGGCGAAAAUUCAAAACGAAAGGAGACCUGGAGAAAGUGUCACCUGCUUAAUAUGCCGAAGUGCAUUCGGAGCACUCUUCGACUUGGUUCGCGAAGGAGCGACUGACCAGACAUUGAUCUCAUCUGUAUCUACAUUAUGCGCAUCACUCGGGUUCGUUACCCCACGGGCUUGCCGCGGAAUCAUCGAACUGAAUAUCCCAAUUCUCACGCACAUUAUUAAGACAACACCACAGGCGCUACCAAGAACAUUUUGUGGUCUAGUGCUGCAGAGAAGCGACAAUCCCUUGUACUGUGCAUAUGACGAUCCCAGAUUUCAAUGGACUGUGGAUUUGCCCAGACAACGCGCUAACAGAAACAAAAGAGAAUCCGAAGAUAGGAAUACACCUCUUACUAUAGCCGUCAUCUCAGAAGCGCAUAUAGACCCACUGUACCAACCAAACGGCGUAGCAGACUGUGACGAACCAACUUGCUGUAGGAAAGGGCAAAAACCACGUACACAAAUAUACGAAUACUCUUCAGAAGAACCUUUGACUGGAGAUGCGGUGACCAAAAUAAAUAACGAAGAUAUGCUCAACCUAGAUAUUUCUGCUCAAAUGAGAAAUAGGACAAAAGUAAAGCGCGUGGACAGCAGAAAUUCGCCACCAGCUGGGUUUUGGGGCGACUAUCGGAAUUGUGAUACCCCGCUAUGGGCGUUUGAUGACGCUAUACAGAGAGUUGCCUCAGCGCAUCGGAAUGUGGAUGUUGUUUAUUACAUGGGAGACAGCAUAGAUCACCAUGUAUGGGAGACUACUUAUGAACUAAUCAAUGAAGUAAAUGCUCACAUUAUCGACAAAAUGAGGAAGGAAUUUGGAAACAAUGUUCUUGUGGUACCAUCCAUCGGGAACCACGAGUCCCAACCGACUAACCAAUUUGCACCAACUACCGUCAGAGGCGCCAAACUCAACACAACAUGGCUCUACGAGGGCUUGGCCAAAAAGUGGGACUUCUACUUAAACGCGGAAGCUAAAGCUUCGGUGCGCCAACGGGGUGCCUUUGCGAUGCGUGUCCGACCCGGUUUACGCGUCAUCUCUGUGAAUAACAACGUUGCUUUUAAAUCGAACUGGUGGCUAGUCUAUGAUCCGCUUGAUGCAAAGAGACAUUUGGAUUGGCUUGUGCAGGAGUUACAUAAAGCGGAGAUAGCUGGUGAUAAGGUCCAUAUACUCGGGCAUAUACCACCUGGAGUACACGACUUCAUAUACACGUGGACGAGGGAGUAUAACAGAAUUGUUACGAGAUUCGCUUCGACGAUCGCCGGUGAAUUCACGGGUCAUACGCAUGGGGACGAAUUCAAGAUAUUCUACAGCUUACAAAACGGCCGUCCGAUAAGCAUAGCUUGGGGCGCGGGCAGUGUUACCGCUUACACUAACUUCAAUCUAAACUACAAGAUCGCGACCAUCGAUCCGAGGAGUUUUGAACCAACAAACUUUGUCAGUUAUAUCUACAACCUGACAGAAGCUAACUUGAACCCGAAUGUACGUCCACGCUGGUUCCAGCUGUACGACUUAAGAUCAGCCUUUGGACUUCGAGACCUUUCCCCUACAUCGAUGGACGCUUUAGUGAAUAGAAUGGCCACCCAAAGGAAUAGAAACCUCAUAGGCCUGUACUCGAAAUUCCUCUUAAAGAUGAGUGACAGAAGGUGGCCUUAUUGCAACGAUUGGUGCAAGAUUGAUAAUCUGUGCAGAUCUGUGGUGACUGUUCUUUGGCGUCGAGAAAAAUGCGAUGAACUUCGACGACUUUUCUGGCUAGCCUAAUGUCACUAUUACACACAGAACUAAGAACAUAUACAACGUGUAAACGAAUUACAGCUUUUCUUUGCCUCUAUAUUCUACAGUCAGCAUCUUGAUAUAUUUGCUUCAAUACAAAUGUCCCUAUUUCCUAUGGAUUGCCGGCUUAAUAUCUAACGUCCCUAUUCCUUAGUCUGCAGCUUUAAAUAUUUUGCUUCUGUACAAAAGUCCCUAUUCCCUGCAGUCUGUAGCUUGGUAUCUUUCACUUCUAUACACAUUUCCCUAUUCCCUACAGUCAACAGCUUGGUAUCUUUUACUUCUAUUCAAAAGUCCAUAUUCCCUAGAGCCUACAGCUUGGUAUUUAUCACUUCCAUACAAAUUUCCUAAUUCCCUACAGUCAACAUCUUUGCAUCUUUUGCAUCAAUACAAAUAUGCCUAUUCCCUAAAGAUUGCAGGCUUGGUAUCCAACGUCCUUUUUCCCUAGUCUGCAGCUUUUUAUCUGUCGCUUCUAUACAAAAAUCCCUAUUCCCUACAGUCUGCAGCUUGGUAUCUUUUGCUUCUAUUGAAAAGUUCAUAUUCCCUACAGUCUGCAGCUUGGUAUCUUUUGCUUCUAUUCAAAAGUUCAUAUGCCCUACAGUCUGCAGCUUGGUAUGUUUUGCUUCUAUUCAAAAGUUUAGGGACUUUUAUACAACUGCGAUAUUCUUAUCAUCUGCUGUUAACAACUUGGUCGAUCGACCUAAAGGAUUCUUGCCUAAAAACUUCGUUUAAGCUAUCCGAGUCACUCGACGGUCAGCUUAAAAAUAACUGUUAUUUAUAUAUGCGCUAUCC